UGCGUCACCUUCUCUGACCUCAGUUUUUCGGGGUAUUUUUUUCUGAGAGAGACAGCGGCUGGCGGCGCCAUAUUGGAAGAAGAAAUUUGCUCCAUAAAACGCGUUAAACGUCAAAUUUGCCGCCAUGCUUUACCUGGAGGAUUACCUCGAAAUGAUCGAGCAGCUACCCAUGGAUCUCCGCGACAGGUUUACGGAAAUGAGGGAGAUGGACCUGCAGGUUCAGAAUGCCACAGAUCAGCUGGAACAGAAAGUGAUUGAGUUCUUCGUCAAUGCAAAGAAGAACAAACCUGAGUGGAGGGAAGAACAGAUGGAGGUUAUUAAAAAGGACUAUUACAAAGCUCUGGAAGAUGCGGAUGAGAAGGUCCAGCUAGCCAAUCAGAUUUAUGAUCUGGUGGAUCGUCACCUGCGUAAACUGGACCAAGAACUGGCCAAGUUUAAGAUGGAGCUGGAGGCCGACAACGCCGGCAUCACUGAGAUCCUGGAGAGACGAUCUUUAGAGAUGGACAGUCCGUCUCAACCUGUCAACAACCAUCAUGUCCACUCUCACACCACAGCUGAGAAGAGGAAGUACAGCGCGCCGACUCACCACACUACAGAACACGUUCCAGAGAAGAAGUUCAAAUCUGAGGCUCUGCUGUCCACACUCACAUCAGACGCCUCCAAGGAGAACACGCCAGGCUGCCGUACCAACAGCACGUCCUCCUCCACCAACAACGUGUACAGUGUGAACUCCUCUCAGCCUCUGGCCUCCUACAACCUCAGCUCUCUACCUGCGGGGCCCGGGGCCGGAGCCGGGGCCAUCACCAUGGCUGCUGCUCAGGCUGUACAGGCCACAGCACAGAUGAAGGAGGGCAGGAGGACGUCCAGUCUGAAAGCGAGCUACGAGGCCAUCAAGAACAACGACUUCCAGCUGACCAGAGAGUUCAAUCUGUCCCGGGACAACACAGGUUACUCUUCCUCCGCUCUGGCCUCCACCCUCACCCAGCCCCUCACCCCCACCACCGCCUCCGACUCCAGGGGACGCAAGUCCAAAAGCAGCAUCAAGUCUUCCAAUCAUCAGUCAUCUUCAUCGUCCUCCUCUUCCUCGCUGUCAUCAUGCUCUUCAUCGUCAGCACUGGCUCAGGAGCUUUCCCAGCAGGCCUCAGCACUACCUGAGGCUGAAGCCAACAGCCAGGUGGACUGGACCUACGACCCCAACGAGCCCCGAUACUGCAUCUGUAACCAGGUGUCUUAUGGAGAGAUGGUCGGCUGUGAUAACACAGAUUGUCCGAUCGAGUGGUUCCACUACGGCUGUGUGGGUCUGACGGAGGCUCCGAAGGGGAAGUGGUAUUGUCCUCAGUGCACGGCCGCCAUGAAGAGGAGAGGCAGCCGCCACAAAUAGACUCACCGCUGUCUGUCCGCCAUGUUGGAUUUUAACACACAGCGGCCGACAGAAGGACAGAGGUCAGAGGUCAACGGGCCGCUCACACACUGCAGCCAGUUGACUGAUAAAAUACUUUGUGCCAACACAGACGGAUUAAAGCCACGUGAAGAAAAAUCAUUUGAGUUCUGAGAUAAAAUCUGAAAAUAAAAAUCAUCUCACAACUCAAAUAUUUUAGUUUCACUCAGCACAGAUUUGUCUUUAAUAACCUGAGUCACAGCCACAACAACCAGAAAAUAACCUGCAUUUUCUCUCUGUCUUCAUGAGUCAUGAGUAACAUUUACACUUUAUUAAGUCAGACUUCAGAUCUCAAAACUCUGACUAAAUAAAUCCUGACUUUAUUGAUCAAAUUAGUCAGAAGUCUGAAGAUGAAAUCUCAAUUCUGUGGGUUCAGUAUUUUGAUGAAUCUCUGUGAAUUCAGCUCUGAAAAGACCAGAGUUUUUUUUAUCUGGAAACAUCAGACGUCGUCUGAAGCUUCAGAUCUUUAAACACUAAAACAGUGAAACUUCAUUAAAGACUCUCUGGACAAACAACCUGCAGUUUAACUGUGGUUUAAUGUCACAGUUCAACUUCAUCAGAAUUUAUUGUGGAAAAACUCAAAUAACCUGCGGAGACGAGAGAUGCAUUCUGGGUAAUUUACACCUGAAGAACUGAAGAAGAAACUUUGAUCAAACUGAAUGGUUUUUAUAAAUGGGACAGUUUUAAUUUUGUCCGUUAACGUCAGCUGACUGUGGACCACACACAGAGCUCACCUGGUCAGGUAAGAGGUCAGAGGUCAACCUGUCGGGGCUGGAGGAGGAGGAGGAGACUCUGUUGUCCAGAAAACUGUGAAGAUAAAAUCAGUUCUGAGAUUUAUCUGUCAAACAUCUGAAUUCUUUCAGUUAAUCUCAUCAAGUUUUUACUUUAUCACAUUCAUUAAAAAUUAAAUGAAAAAUAAAUCUCAGAGCUGAAGAAUCAUUUUUCCCACGUGGCUUUGCUCCUCUUCCUGUCCAGAAGAACUACAAACAAGAUGUUGGACUCCAGCUAUGGAGGCUGUGGUUUGUUAAAACACCUGAACCUGAUGAGAUGAAACUUUACAGACGAGUUGAUUUUAAUGUUUAACAGGAAAAAAAAGCAGAACAAAGUCACAGCUGAAACCUGUGUGUGUGUGUGUGUGUGUGUGUGUGUGUGUGUGUGUGUGUGUGUGUGUGUGUGUGUGUGUGUGUGUGUGUGUUUUCAGUCAUUCUGCACUGACGGCGUGUUUGUGUUUGUUUCCAGGGAUGUCUAAAAGAAGUCCAAUAAAAAGGUCGAGAUGUUUGAUAAA